AUGAAAAUUAUAUUAGUGGUUUUGUUCCUUGCGAGUUCUUUUACAGAUGCGAAAAAUGAUGAUGGCAAUUUAAAAUGUAACCGAUUCCUAGUAGAUGCCGUGUUAAGACAGCUUUUCGAAUUACUAAGGCUACUGAUAAAAGAAGGUAGUGCUACCAACGACGUGCCUAUACUAGAUCCACUGCAAAUCGAACAUCAAGAAAUUAAUUUUACUGGCAAUGGUUUUACGAUACAAGCUGAACUAUCUAAUGUGACAUACCUCGGACUUGGAGAUUUUGAAAUACUUGACACAACAUUUGAUAAGGAAGAUAUCUCAUUAGAACUGAACAUGAGAUUUCCUUUACUAUCUAUGCUGUCUGAAAGAUACGUCAUGGCCGGAGACAUUUACAGCAUUUUUCCGUUGUAUGGAUACGGUUUUCUAAACAUUGAAGUCCACGAUUUAAUAUUCCGAAGCAAAAUUUAUCUAAGACAAUCAGCCGACGGUAAAUCCAUAUUAAUAGAAAGAUUUUUAAGACCACAAUUCGAAGUUGAUACUAUCGUGUCUAGAACAGAAUUCGACGGCAACAUAGAUGACAUCCUGAACGCCAUGAUAAAAGACAUGUUGGCAGACUAUCUCACAAGAUUCAGCAAGUACAUUGCAGCGCAGCAUCAAGACGAAGCAAAACAAUUCCUUAACCAGUACUUAACUAACUUCGAAUCUUGGAGACUGAUCGCCGCUAUCCUGUGA